CUCUGAUUUGAUAAGUUUUCGUUAUACGUUUAAAGAAAAAAUACCUAGUGCUUUAAAAGUCAUUUAAAUCAGUAUUUUUAAAUAGAAGAAAACAUUGCAAUUUUUUUGAACAUUCUGAAGAAGUAGGUUUGUUCGAAGAGUGGUCUGAGGAAAAAGAAUGGCGAAAAAUUUUCAAAAUGGCAGACCCAUGCACCGAGCUGCCGCUAUGCCUUACAAAAAACCUUUCAAAAAUGUAGGCAACGGCGGUGGUGGCCCUAGACAUGUAGGAAAUUUUAAUCAGAUGAUGUUCAAUGGAAGUCAGAUUCCAGAUAAUCCUGGUUACCUGGAUUUUAAUAACCCAUCACCACCAGUAGGAGGCGGAGGAGGAAAUGGAAUGGGUCAAAUGCAACAAAAAAAGAAAAAUAACAAAAAUAGACAAAAGGGAAAACCACAAACACAAUUCCAACCACCACCUGGCAGUCCACAAGUCCAGCACAAUGGGGUCGGAAAUUGGAAUAAAAAUAAAGGGAUGCAAUUUCAGGGUCCACAUGGGCCAAAUAGCAAUAGAUUUAAUAGCGGUAAUCAGGGUGGACCGCGCAAUUUUAAUAAUUCUGGCCCAAUUCCGAAUGUCCCGAAUCGUGUACGGCGUAUGGGCCCACCACCUGGUCCAGUACCACGCGGAAACGUUGCAAUGCCUCCAAUGCCACCUCCACAUGGAUUUCAGCCACCGAUGAUCCCACCGAUGCCACCAAUGGGACGAGGCCCCAUGCCUCCACCAAUGGGCAUACAACCACCACCACCGUUUCUGCGCCGUAGUGGACGCGUCGGUCCCAUGCCACCAAUUCCUCCACCAAUACCGCCAAUGAUCCCACCGCGCAUGCCACGUGCUAUGCCGCCAGCACCAUUUAAUAAUGCCGGAAAAAUUAAGAAACCCAAUACGAAGUUAGUGAAAAAGGUGGUAAAAGGGAAAAGUACCAUAAAGACACUGAAAAACCUCGUUAAUCAAUAUCCAAUUGAAAAGCCUUGGGUUACAGAUGAAAUACGUGCCGAGCAUGAUAAGAAAGUAGAUAUUGAGAAUAGGCUAAAAGGCAAUAAAAAUGAUGAUUUGUUCGCACAGUUUAAAGUGCAACGCGACAAGUUUGUAUCGAUGUAUGAAACGGCGCGGGAGGAAUAUUUAAAAAAGGAGGCAGAAGCCGUUAAGGCAAAGGAUGCUAAAGACAAACAAACAAUUAACAAGACCGCCACAAAGGAAGAAAACAAGAAAGAAGCAAAAGCAAAGUAAAAAAUUACAUUACCCGUCAAAAAGUUAGUUUAUUAAAUCUUAGUCAAAUAAAUCAAAGUGAGUGUAUUCUAACUCACUGAAAUAUAGAUUUGUAAAUCAGCAUUAAAAGUUAAAUAGCAAACAGUUUGAGUAUUUGACACUGGAAUGCAGUAAAAAUAGUUCCAAUUUUUAAAUAAACUCAAAAAAUCAUAAACCAAAAAUAUAUAAAAUAAAAAAAGGUUUAUGAUAACUGUCCAGAAGUAGUGUAUAACUUACUUAACAUAAAUUAGAACUCGUUAAGAAAAAACAUAAAAGUAAUAAAAAGUUGUAAGCACAUUUCUGCUAUUUAUAUUUAAAAUUAGAACCACAUAAAAUGUUUAAAUGAUUUCUAUAUUAAGCACUUUGCUACACCUUGUAUUGAUAUGGAAUUUGUUACAAAAAAUGGCAAUUACAUAUGACAGAAAUAUAAUAUAUUAAAUUAUAUCGCAUAUAUUGGAUAAAUACAUCCUAACAAGUCUACAUAAUUUCGACACAUUUUGGCAUAUGAUCGAUUACUGGCAGUUGUGUAUUUAAUAUUUUGCGCUAAAUUAAUAGAAAAUAGAAAUAAUAAAGCAAAAAUGAAUGUGAAGAAAAAAACGCAAUAUUAUUGCUGCAAUAAAUAUUUUGCCUUUUGUUAACAAUAUAUUUUUCUCAAAGUCAAAAGUAAAUUCAUAUAGUAUAUUAUAUACUUAAGUUCAUUGCGUUUAUGGAAUAACCGUGCAAAAUUAAUGGACAGCAAAUCUGUAUUUUGUCAAACAUUUUUUCAGUGUAUGAGUUUGAAAAAUAAAGUAUGCAAACUAUUUUGUAGUAAAUUAAAUUCUUUA